CCAAUGGCCCCGGACGACGGCACCGACUGGCUCCUGGCACUGCUCACCGAAAUCCAGCUGGAGCAAUUUUACCUCAAGAUCCGGGACGAGUUACACGUCACCCGCCUGGGCCACUUUGACUACGUCAAACCCGCCGACCUCGACCAGAUUGGCAUGGGGCGCCCCGGUCAGCGGCGGCUGGAAGACGCCAUCAAGCGCAGGAAGCAGCAGAGGCCGCGCCCCAAGUCCUGGGUUUAUAAGGUUUCGCUUCACCCCUCCCCCAUUGUCACAGGAACCCUGGUGUCCGAGGGUGGAAAAAUAGAGCCCCCCUCCCCCUCCCUCCAUGCCAGCCAGAUCAUGCUGAAGUUGGAGCGAGAGGGGGCGCGGCUGGAGUGCCCCGAGGACUGUCCCCGCGGCCUGUACAGCCUGCAGCGGCGCUGCUGGGCCCACAACCCCGAGGAGAGACCCCACUUCCGGGACAUCAUCGGCCUGCUGCACGAGCUCCGUCCCCGGGAGGUGAGAGCCACUCAGGACUUGAAUGAACCAGGGUGGCUGAGACUAGAAACCAAUGAUCUCAUCACGGUGAUUGAGGGCAGGUGA